AUGACGACAGAAAUAACCAUUUCGUUGACUGAUCCAUCCCACAAAAAUAAUUCUUAUACAGAUUGCAGUACGGGAUUUUUCCGUUGUAAAGAUGGGAAAUGUAUCAUUGAUUUCUGGCGAUGUAAUGGAAUUGCUGAUUGUGCUAGGUCUGAAGAUGAAAGUUUUUGUGAUGAAAUAUCAGAGUGCUUAGAAGAUGAAAUAGGAGUUUUGUACAGAGGGAGAAGAAACGUUACAGCUUCUGGAAUUCCAUGCCAGCAUUGGUCCUCAACAUCCCCACAUGAUCACUCGUACCUUUUUAAUGCAGAAAACUAUUGUAGAAAUUCAGAGAAAGCAAAUGUAGGACCUUGGUGUUACACUCAAGACACAAAUGUUCGAUGGGAUUAUUGUGAUAUACCUGUUUGCUCUAAUGCGAGUACUGCGUCACAACUUGAAACAACUACUAUGAAGACUAAUAUGAAGACUACAGUGUUUUCAACUAUGAUAAAUACACAAACAUCAAACACGGAACUGUCAUCAGAAACUUUUAUUUCAACAGAAGCAACUACUAUUGAAGGUGUAACCGAGGCGACUUGUAACUGUUUAUGCCAGAACUUCUCACAAUUCAGUUCCACUCCAAUGGAUUUAAAAUUAAGACUAGCUGAACUUGACAGGAUUCUUCGUGUCAAUAAAUAUUCGACCAAUUUAAACAGAAGAACAAAAACCAGCGCAGCAGACGACCGUGUUUCAUCAAAAUCUUUUGGUUAUAUAAGUGUACUUCUUUUGAUAGGUGUGGUCUUAUUUAUUGUAUUUCUUGAUGUAGUACCUAAACCAUCACUUUAGUAUACAAUUAAAGACUAAAUUGAUUUUGCUUAAAACUUAUAACAGGGAAUUUAAAUU